UGUUUACACGUCACUCACCAAUCGAGGUCACCACACCACUUUUCGCUUGGCACUCUCAUCUAGCGGCUUUUCAACACGUCAUGCAAAAGUGAAGUAAAGGCAGAUCGUCUCCGUUUUUAUUCGCUGGAUCGAAAUCUACGAGCCUCGUUUUUGAAUUGAACUGAAAGAAUAUCCAACUGAAAAUGCUUCGUAUCGAGGUGGUGCUUUUGGUAAUAUCCGUUCUCAACUUCCUGCCGAUUUCACAUGGCCUGAAGGAGGGCGACUGCGAAGUUUGCGUAAAGACUGUGGAGAAAUUUGCCGCUAGUCUGGAUGAUUCGGUGAAGAAGGAUACCAAAAAAAUCGAGGACGAAUUCCGGUUAUUCUGCAAAACUGCCAAAAACAAGGAACAGCGAUUUUGUUACUACUUGGGCGGUGUGGAGGAAUCGGCCACUGGAAUUUUGAGUGAACUAUCGAAGCCACUCAGUUGGUCUAUGCCGGCUCUGAAGAUUUGCGAGAAGCUGAAGAAAAAGGAUGCUCAGGUCUGCGAUCUACGAUUCGACAAACAAAUUGAUGUUAACUCAGUAGAUUUGAAGAAACUGAAAGUGAAGGACUUGAAGAAAAUUCUUUCUGACUGGGAUGAGAACUGUGAUGGAUGCUUGGAAAAAACCGAUUUCAUCAAAAGAAUCGAUGAGCUGAAGCACAAAUACGUGAAAACUGAACUGUAGAGAUAAGGAUUGAAAUGUCUAUUUUUUUGUAAGAACCAAUUGAUUGAUUUUGUGCAGCAUGCAGCAAUGGAAUAGAUCAAACCCAUCUCUUUUACGUAAGUAAGUUAUUAUAUUGCUGUAGUACAUCCACAGAUACAAAACAUGUGAACAAUCUGAAAAUGUCCACAGUUAUCAAUGUGCAACAUGAUGGCUAUAAGGGAUACCAUUGUAGGUGGACAUAAAUAAAAGGAAUGUACGAAUAA